AUGGACCAAUUCGAGUCUACAACAUCAAAUGAGAAGAUCGUAUGUACCGAUAGCUACCCAACAGCGUGGUAUGCACCGACACCUCUUACUUACAACACUCCGUUCAUGACACCAUUCCCUACAUUCAACCAAUAUGACAUGACUGGAUACUCUACUGGCACAGCUCAAUGGCCAACACCACCGGCAUUCGGUGACCUGACCAUCCUUCCGCCGAGUCUUGGUGACAGUCUGAUCGAGAGACCUCGAAGCAGCCCCAGCACUUUCGGGCCAUCUGCGAACGACACACUGUGGCCAGAGAACCCUCUCGGCAUUCGCUUCCCAAUGAGCGAGCCUCACAUGAUCCCAUCUACUGCUAGCACUCAAGCGGCAAUCUACCAGACUCCUGCAGCAGAAUUCACCACUCCCAGCCCACCGCAGAGACGUAGCUCAGCUGACACUCAACGCUACUAUCCGUCAAUCGCCCCGAACCCUGCUGGCCUUGUUUCGAAACGCCGUCAGGACCAGGAAGAUGAGGAGGCUAUGCUUCGUUCGAACUCCAAGCGCCGCAAGCGAACGCCUUCGCUUGAGCAUCUCAACGACGAAGAGCGUCUUUUGAUCACGUUGAAAGAAGAGGAAGCCCUACCCUGGAAGGAGAUUGCUUCGCGUUUCAGCAACCAAUUGGGACAGUCCAUCACCGUUGCUACCCUGCAGAUGCGAUAUCUUCGCCUGAGACAACGUUUCCGAAACUGGGAGGAUCGCGAUGUCGAGGCGUUAAGACAGGCUCACGAGUACUGGGAGAAGUGCAAGUGGGACAUCAUCACCACAAAGAUGCUUGAGUUUGGCGUCGAGGAGAAGUGGCCUCCAAAGCACUGCGCCCGCAAAUGGGCGGAUAUCGCGCCUCAACAUUUGCACACCAGGGGUCAAACUCCUCAGCAACAUACCCCUUCAUCGCAACAACACACGCCCACUCCCAAUUAUGCCACCAUGGCUAUAAGCUUCACAAACUGCGGAUACGCUCUAUCUUCGUAA